AUGGAGGCUCUAGCAGACGGCCCGCAGUGGCAGCAGCCGCAGCUGCAGCAGCAAAGUCUGCAGCUGCUGCUGCUGAAGGCGAAGCUGCUGCACCGCUUGCAUGCAUCGAAUGAGCCGGAGCAGCACCCGGGUUUAUCCAGAGACGAGCUGGCGAAGGAAGCAGAGUCAGUGCUGCGGACGGUGCUGCUGCUGCAGCCUUUGUAUGGCCCCGCCUGGCUGUGUUGGGGGAAGCUGCACGACACCCUAUUCUUAGCAGCUCUGAAGCAGCGGCAUCACCAGCAGCAGAUGCUGCUGCAGCAGCAGCAGCAGCAGCAGCAGCAGCAGCAGCAACAGCAGCAGCAGCAACAGCAGCAGCAGCAGCAGCAAAAUACAAACCCGCAAGCCAUGCAGCAAGAUGCACCCACAACAGACUCAACCAACAGCAGCAACAACAACAACGGCAACAACAACAGCAGCAGCAGCAGCAGCAGCAGCAGCAGCAGCAAGAACGACAGCAGCUAUUCAGAUGUUACAGAUUGGGCCGCGCUGCAGCUGCAUCUUGCUGCAGCAGUAACGGGAUAUGUUAUGGAUAUACAGCUCAGGCCAGCAAAGAGCUCGCUGUAUAUGUCUAGGGUUUUGUGGUUGCUGUCUUACGAUGGAGAUACACGUCCCCCUUCUGCUGCAGCAGCAGCAGCAGCAGCAGCAACAGCAGCAGCAGCAGCAGCAGCAUCUCCCUUGGAUCCUGCAGUAGCUGUUGCUGCUGCUUUUGCUGGGGCCCCCGUUGAUGCUGCUAGCAACCCAGCAGCAGCAGCAGCAGCAGCUGCUGCUGCUGCUGCUGCUGGCUUGUCUUCACCUGCUGCUCCGAACGAUACGCCGCAGUCCUCAGGAAGCGGCGGGGGUGGUUCUGCAGCAGCAGCUCCAGCAGCAGCAGCAGCAGCAGCAGCAGGAGCAGCAGCAGCAGCAGCAGCAGCAGGAGGAGGAGCAGCAGCAGCAGCAGCAGGAAGAGAAUCCUCACUCUGUCUUCGUGUAUUCAGACAGCUCAUGGGCAAAUGCACGCAGCCGCAGCAGCUGCUGCCGUGGCUCCCCCAGAUGCUAACAGGGCUUGAGAGACCUGAAGCAGCAGAGCUGGAGCGGCUUCUGUACGCGCUGCUGCUGCAGGCGCCGCAGCAGCUUUACUUCGACAUAAGAACGGCUUACUUAGAGAAGAGAGAGCAGUAUGCGCAGCAGCAGCUGCUGCAGACGUUGAAGCCGCAGCAGCAGCAGCUGCUGCUGCAGCACCAGCAGCAGCAGCAGCAGCAAAGCCUCACACUACUCUCCUGGCUGAUGACUGUAUUCAGAGCUUCCUUUACACCCCAAUGCAUCGCUCUAGAUCAUCUUGCAGGCAAGCAUAAUCAGGAGGAGCUGGUAGCGCAUGCAAAACCCUCAACAGUAGAUGAGAUAGUAUGCGCUGUACGUACACUGCUGCAGCAGUGUUUAGAGGUGCCGCACGGCGUGUCUUUGCUGCCAGCAGUAGCAGCACAGUUUCUCCGUGUUAAUAUUGUUGCUAGGUUUAGGAGUAGAUACGGCACCGAUCCUCCUCCUCCUGCUGCUGCUGCUCCUGCUGCUGCUGCUGCUCCUGCUGCUGCUGCGGGUGGUGGUGGUGGUGCUGCUGGUGGUGGUGGUGCUGGUGCUGGUGGUGGUGGUGGUGGUGGUGCUGGUGGUGGUGGUGGUGCAAGCAGCAGCAGCAAGGGGAGUAGUAGUAGUAAUAGUAAGAGAGGAAACAGCAGCAGCAGCCGCAGCGGUUGCUGCUGCGGUGGUGCUGCAGCAGAAGCAACAAGAAGAAUGAUGCGUACAUUAUGGCCUCUAUUUAAACAAGACUUCGACUUUGCUGAUUCCCCCCCAGCAGCAGCAACCAGCAGCAGCAGCAGCAGCAGCAGCAGCAGCAGCAGCAGCAGCAGCACCAGCACCAGCAGCAGCAGCACCAGCACCAGCACCACCACCACCACCAGCAGCAGCGGAAGCAGCAGCAGCAGCAGCAGCAGCAGCAGCAGCAGCGGGAGCAGCAGCGGUGUGGGUUUAUGUGAGGUGAUAGCGAAGCUAAAGAGAUGGAAGGAUUACUUAACUAUGCGGGCGCAUGCAUAUUGCAUGCAGACGCCUUUAGAGGAUAUUGGGGCUUCUUUAUGUGACGUUUUUUUACGUGUUAGUGUAGAUAUAGAGAUACCUGGUGUUCGGCUGCUGCAGCUUACAGACGGUGGUUUGCUGCUGCAGCAGCAGCAGCAGCAGCAGCAGCAACAACAACACUCCCAGCAGCAGCAGCAGCAGCAGCAGCAGCAGAGGCCUGCUAUACUCAGCAGCAACACACAGCAGCACCAGCAGCAGCAGCACCAGCAGCAGCAAGGGGUGAUGAGCGGUGGAGGGAGCAGCAGCAGCAACAGCAGCAGCAGCAGCAGCAGCAGCAGCAGUGUGCGACGACUGCCGCAGCAGCUGCUGCAGAUACUUACAGACAGCAGCAGCAGCAGCAGCAGCAGCAGUGUGCGACGACUGCCGCAGCAGCUGCUGCAGAUACUUACAGCCCCAGGAUUCUGUCACGAUGAGGAGCAGCAGCAAAUGCUUAACCGCAUACUGGAGCUGCAGCCGCUGGACCCUGCUGCUGCUGCUGCAGCAGCAGCAGCAGCAGCACCUGCUGCUGAUAGUUCUGCUGCAGCAGGUGCUGCUACUGGUGCAGCUCCUGCUGCUGCAGCAGCAGCAGCAGCAGCAACACCGCAGCAAGUGGGCUCUGCAGCAGAAAACGAUAACAUCCCCAGCAGCAGCAACGAGAUGGGCAACAGCAGCAGCAGCAGCAGCAGCAGCAACAGCAACAGCAACAGCAACAGCAACAGCAACAGCAACAUGAGGGACUCUGCCUCUGUCUGCUCUUCUGACCAUGAUCCUCAGCAGCACCACCACCACCACCACCACCACCAGCAGCAGCAGCAGCAGCACCACCCCCAGCAGCACCACCCCCAGCAGCAGCAACAGCAACAGCAGCAGCAGCAGCAGCAGCAGCAGCAGCAGCAGGAGCAAGAGCAUCGUUGGGUAUCAGAGUUUCAACGUAAUUGUUUAAUGGAGGCAGCCGAAGAUGUAUAUAUAUCUUUAUGUGGUUUAGUGAGUGCGGAUGAUGUUGCUUUCUUUUAUAAACAAAAAAUACAACAGCAACAGCAAAAUAUACUACUGCAGCAGCAGCAGCAGCAGCAGCAGCAGCAGCAGCAGAUGCAGAUGCAGCAGAUGCAGCAGAUGCAGGUUGAUUGUAACUCGCAGCAGCAGCAGCAGCAGCAGCAUGCUGCUGCUGCUGCUGCAAAUGGAGGACAGCAGCAGCAGCAACAUCAUGCAGUGCUGCUGCUGCUGCUGCAAAUGGAGGACAGCAGCAGCAGCAACAUCAUGCAGCACUCGGCAGCAACUGCAGCAGCAACAACAACAACUGCAGCAGCAGCAACAGCAGCAGCAGCAGCAGCAGCAGCAGCAGCAGCAGCGAAGAAACUGCUGCUAUACGCAGAGUAG